AUGGAAGUCCCUGAAAGGGAUACCUCCUGCGCCAUGGCAGAACGGAGGAGCCGUACUUUCAGUUCGUCCGAGGAAUGGCAGCAAGCUUUGCAAGCGUUAAAUUCACCACCACAAUCCAGGUCAGUUAUCUCCAGACAAGAACAGGUGUUCCACCAUGCAGAACGCUACUCCUUGGGAAAUGCCGUGAAGGAUAUGGCCCGCGCUUUCCGGGAGCGUCACAUGGAAACCUCGCUGAAAAGGUUGCGAGCGUCGCCUGCUCUCAUUUUUCUGAAAGUGUGGCACACCUACGGCAUUUGGGUCGGUGCUUGUGUCUAUUUUACAAUUUCGGCGAACUUGAUGCUCGCCUGGUACAUCGACUGGUAUCGAACCAGCGGCACGUACCGCAUUGAGUCCCGUGGUGCUUCGCAGAUCUUUCACUUUGAUUUGGCGCCUUUCUUUGCAAUAUUUUGUCGAUCUUGGCUCCUGGUGUGCGUAGUCGGAGACUUGCUCCGCUUCUGCUACCUGUUGGCCAAAGAUGCAUGGGAGGAAGAUGCGUUCGUAACGUACAGACGAGUCGUGUGUGGUGAUUUCCAGCGAGAUCUCCAAGACGAGAUGGAGAGGAAGCCUCUUCGUUCCAGCCAGUGGUCUGUCGAGAUGUUGAGUUCCCCAGGCUGCCGCACUUUAGAUGUUCUGCUCCAGAUCUCAAUCUACCUCGCCUUGGAUGUGGUUCCGGUGGCUUGCUUUCUGAUUUCUUACAUUGAAGAACAAAGCUUUGCGAGGAACGCAACGGUGGCAGCAUCUGCCGGCCUCUCUGGCGGAAGCUGUAUCCACGUGUUCGUCUUCUUUCUUGCCAUGUGGGUCACUGACGUGGUUGCCAAACGUCGUGGCUUCAUGGCGGCAUAUCGUGGUGAAGCUCGCCUGGCUCCUUGCGAGUAUCCAGGAGAGUCACUUCAAAACUUUCAGUGGGCCGGCGAGUUCGGAGACAGGCACCUGGCGAACUUGGAAGCGGCACGCUGCGUGUCCUUCGUUGAGGACUCCUUGGAUGGGCCCCCAGAUCGCUGCGUCUCGCCUCGCAGCAGCGGCGGAGGGGGUGUGUCACUGGGGGACCGAUCCGAUCAAAGUGCACCAUCCAGUGUCGCGACAUCAGAUGUUGCGAGAAGGGCGGGUGGAUCAGUACAUCUAGCUUCUGCAGGUGCGCUUGAUGUGCAGGAAUCCAGCUCCAGCGCGUUGCCACCCAGGUUGGACAUGCUUGCUCGGCCCCAACGCAGAGAGACCGCCGGGUCCAUCGACACAGUUGCCGUCGCGGACCAGCUCAAUCUCUGUAUUCCGAUGUGCGUAUGCUUCAGCGGCACUUUGGCCUGA